GCACAUGGGCGUGUAAAUCUGGCAUGCAAUGCUUUGGGCACGGGUUUUUUAUUACUCUCUGAGGGUUUGAGUUUGCAAUGUCGCAGGACGAGACCGACGAAACAACCUCCAGUUGGCUGUCUAUUGAAGGUCGACUCACGUCAUCUGUAAUAGUUUCAAGCUGGUAUUCAUAGUGUCUUCAAAACAUUCGCAAGCUAUGGCUGUAAAGGAAGUGAGGAAAGUCAAAAAGCCAAAAAAGGUAAAACUGAAACAAAAACUGUCUGCUAGUGACAUCAAACCCCCCAAGAAACCCAAAGUAGUGAGUCUUCUGGAGGGUGGUAAAAAUGCAAAGUCCACCUGAUUCUAAAGCUGGCAGGAAGCAGAAGGAGCAUGUUUUGGGUGGUGAUGACAUCAUCAGUCAGGGAGACCAGCCAAGUGAGGCUGGCUGUGAAGCAACGGAGCCAUCACCUGCUCCAGAAGCAGGAAAGCAGCGGCAGUCAAAGAAAGGCGAAAACCCAGUAAAGCCGAAGAAUUUAGUCCACGAAAGACGCACUGUGUUCGUCGGCAACCUGCCGUUGGGGGUGCGCCGCGCCGAGGUGCGGAAAUUCUUCAUGCAGUACGCGCCGGUGGAGUCUCUGCGCUUGCGGAGCGCUCCCCGGUUGGACAGCAAGAAGCCUAUCCGCAUGUCGGUCAUCACGAAACGCUUCAGUACCGAGCGGUCCUCGUUUAACGCGUACGUGCGCUUCGUCAGCGAGGAGGACGCGGCGCGCGCGGCGGCCGCGGCCAACGGCGUGCUCUUCAAGGAGCACCGGCUGCGCGUGAACGCCUCCAUGUCGAGCGAACGGCCCGACCCGCGCCGCGCCGUCUUCGUCGGCGGCCUCCCUUUAAACGUGGAGGACGACCACCUGUGGGCCCACUUCGGCGAGUGCGGCGACAUCGUCAGCGUACGCGUCAUCCGCGACUCACUCUCGUCGGUCGGCAAGGGCUUCGGCUACGUCAACUUCGGCGACGAGCAGGCGGCGCACCGUGCGCUCAAGCUGAAUGGUAGCGAGAUGGGCGGGCGCCACAUUCGCGUGCAGAAGUGUCAUGCCACGGCCAAGCCCAAGGUAGACCGCACCACCGGCAAGAAGCUGCGGAGGGAGAAGGGCGCGGAGGGCGAGGGCGAGGGCCCGCGGCCGCUGCGGCCGCCCGACAAACUGGCGCCCGUCAGCAGCUUCUCCGGCGACGCCACCGCCGAGUCCAAGUCGUCGCUGAAGAAGAAGAAGAAGAAAAAGGAGCGCUGGGACGACGCGAAGCGCCAGAAACGGAACUUGGCGCAGAGCCUCAGCAAGACGAUCGCGCCGGCGGCUGGGGCGAGGAGCAGCAUGGCGGCUCCGACUACCGCACCGGCUGUCAAGGUCGGGGGCGUGCUCCCACAGAGUAAGAAGAUCAAGUUUGACUUUGACAAUGAGACAGACACGGCUAGUGAUAAGAAAAAGGACGCCGAAAAGAUGAAGGCGAUCAAAUUAAAGAAGGAGGCGAAGCGGAAAAAGAAAAGUAAGGAAAGCCUGGCCAAGAAAAAGAGGAGUGUUGUUGAACCGCUAACUAAUAUUUUGCCAUCAUAAGCAACAACACCAUCUUGUUUAAGUUUGCGGUACCCAAGAGAAGUGCAUGCAUACAUCUGCCCGAUAAGUUCAAUAAAGAUGAAUUUCAUCUUCAUA